GGGCGGGCACUAUUGAGGUUCUAGCUUCUCAGCCAGCAGUGUUAGGAAACUUUAAGUGCUACCAAGGCUUGGCUCCAACUUCUGGGGCGUGGAACUCAGCGCCGUACCACUCGGACAGAAGGUUGCGAUGUUCUCUCUGGGGCGGGCUCUCCAGCGGUCGCCCGAGCGCGCGGCCUGUUUUCUGCGGGUUCAUCACCACGUCGAGAUCCGGCCUCCAGGGAACGCCGGAAGAGGCGGGGCGGGAGCCGCCGCGAGCGGAAGUAGCGCCAUUGGUCGUGCCUGGGCUGCGCUAGGUGAUGCCCGGAACAAAUUCGUCAGCUCGGGCUGCGGCCUGUGGUCCCCGCGGUGCUCAGGAGAGUGGGGACCUGGAUCCUGGUGCUGCGGCCCGCGACCUGCAGAGGGGUAUAUCGAACAUGUCAUUUGAGGAGCUGUUGGAAUUACAGAGCCAAGUGGGCACUAAGACAUACAAACAGUUUGUAACUGCAAACAGCACUAAGAAACAGGUUUCUAGACCACCUAUCCAAAGUCCAGGUGUUGCAGAUAAGCACAGGCCUUUGGAAAUGUCAGCCAAGAUCCGAGUACCAUUUUUACGGCAGGUUGUCCCCAUCUGUAAAAAGGUUGCCCGGGACCCCCGCUUUGAUGAUCUGUCAGGGGAAUAUAAUCCUGAGGUGUUUGACAAAACAUACCAAUUCUUGGAUGACAUCCGAGCCAAAGAAAAAGAGCUUGUGAAAAAGCAGUUGAAGAAGCACCGUUCAGGGGAGCAGCACGAGAAGCUGCAGCAGCUGCUUCAGAGAAUGGAACGGCAAGAAAUGGCACAGCAGGAACGAAAGCGGCAGCAGGAGUUGCGCCUGGCCCUGAAGCAUGAACGGCGGGCUCAGGCCCAGGAGGGCCAUCGGCCAUACUUCCUAAAGAAAUCUGAGCAGCGCCAGUUGGCCCUAGCUGAGAAGUUCAAGGAGCUGAGACGCAGAAGGAAGCUGGAGAGCUUCUUGAGUCGAAAGAGGCGCCGAAAUGCAGGCAAGGACAAGAGACAGCUCCCUUUGAGCAAAGAGUAUUAAGAAACUGUUCUCUGCUCUGCCACUGCCUCAAAGAGACCUGAAUCUAUGGGAACAGUCUUGGACUUGGCCUGUUUUCCUGAUUCCUUCCAGUUUAAGAGCAAGGAUCACAGCUGCUUUAGAACUAAGUUGGCUCAGAGAAGGCUAGAGGGCUCUUGGGCUGCCCAUAGAGCUUGAUAAGAAGAGUAACUGAGGCCAGGCACAGUGGCUCAUGCCUGUAAUCCUGGCACUCUGGGAGGCCCAGGUAAGAGGAUUGCAGCCUUCUGCCAUGCCACAUAGCCUCUGCUUGGAUCUGGUUCAUUGUGUCCUUGUGACUUUCUUCUAGCCUUAAACUAAUGAUUCUGGAACAGAAGAAAAGGGGCCAGUGAAGGCCGUGGAGUCUGUUUAUGAUUCCCAGGGCUGGGACUUUAUGUAGGAACCACUUCAUAAACAUUCUUUUUACACAU